CCCAAGAGGUCAGAGCCUAGGGGCCGGGCGCCAGGCCCCUGUCGCUCCUGCCACCACGGAGAAGGACAGCCAGUCCCUCCGGCCCUGGCCUGGCCCAGCGGGGACGGUGAGCUCCUACCUGCCACCAGCUUGGGGCCCAGACAGGCCCAGCGCAUGAGCAGCGGAGCCCUCUGACUGCAGCGCCAAGCCUGCCGGCCAAGCCUGCCGCCGCCACGGCCACACCAUGUCCGGCUCCUACGACGAAGCCUCGCUGGCUGCAGAAGAAAUCACUGACAGCUUCUGGGAGGUGGGGAACUACAAGCGGACGGUGAAGCGCAUAGACGACGGCCACCGCCUGUGCAAUGACCUCAUGAGCUGCGUGCAGGAGCGCGCCAAGAUCGAGAAGGCCUACGCGCAGCAGCUCACCGACUGGGCCAAGCGCUGGCGGCAGCUCAUCGAGAAAGGCCCACAGUACGGCAGCCUGGAGCGGGCCUGGGGGGCCAUGAUGACAGAGGCCGACAAGGUGAGCGAGCUGCACCAGGAGGUGAAGAACAGCCUGCUGAACGAGGACUUGGAGAAGGUCAAGAACUGGCAGAAGGACGCCUAUCACAAGCAGAUCAUGGGCGGCUUCAAGGAGACCAAGGAGGCUGAAGAUGGCUUCCGCAAGGCCCAGAAGCCCUGGGCCAAGAAGAUGAAGGAGCUGGAGACAGCCAAGAAGGCCUACCAUCUGGCGUGCAAAGAGGAGAAGCUGGCCGUGACCAGGGAGAUGAACAGCAAGGCGGAGCAGUCGGUCACGCCGGACCAGCAGAAGAAGCUUCAGGACAAAGUGGAUAAGUGCAAGCAGGAUGUACAGAAGACCCAGGAGAAGUACGAGAAGGUGCUGGAAGACGUGGGCAAGACCACUCCCCAGUACAUGGAGGGGAUGGAGCAGGUGUUUGUCCAGUGCCAGCAGUUCGAGGAGAAGCGGCUGGUCUUCCUCAAGGAGGUGCUGCUGGACAUCAAACGCCACCUCAACCUUGCUGAGAAUAGCAGUUACCUCCACGUCUACCGGGAGCUGGAACAGGCCAUCCGGGGAGCAGACGCGCAGGAGGACCUCAGGUGGUUCCGAAGCACCAGCGGCCCUGGCAUGCCCAUGAACUGGCCCCAGUUUGAGGAGUGGAACCCAGACCUCCCUCACACCACUGCCAAGAAGGAGAAACAGCCCAAGAAGGCAGAGGGGGGGACGCUGCCCAAUGCCACAGGGGCAGUGGAGUCUAUGUCCCAGGCGGGGGACCGUGGCAGUGUUAGCAGCUACGACAGGGGUCAAGCCUACGCCACCGAGUGGUCGGACGAUGAGAGUGGGAACACCUUCGGGGGCAACGAGGCCAACGGGGGCGCCAACCCCUUUGAGGAUGAAGCCAAGGGCGUGCGCGUGCGCGCGCUCUACGACUACGACGGCCAGGAGCAAGACGAGCUCAGCUUCAAGGCUGGAGACGAGCUCACCAAACUGGGCGAGGAAGAUGAGCAGGGCUGGUGCCGCGGGCGGCUGGACAGCGGGCAGCUGGGCCUCUACCCCGCCAACUAUGUGGAGGCCAUCUAGCUGGCCCGUCCGCACCACACUCCCCCUCACUCACUCCUUGCCCACCGCCACCCCCUCCACUCUCGUCGCCCUGCCCUCGCCAUAGAGUUCCAGACAUAUUUUCCGAUCAAGCUUUUAUUUUUUUAAAAGUCAGAACAAAACAAAAAACUACGAAGAGACAGAAGCAUUUGCAGGCCUGCCUGGAGGCUAGGAGGUGGGGCUUGGGGUGGAGGCUCUAGGGCAGGUGAGGGUCUGAGCACGUGGCCAACCGCUCCCAACAUCUGUUCCUCAGAUCCCACCAAAGAGGCUCCUGAGCCCUGAGGGAGGUCUCCUGGACCCUUCCUCCCUGUGGGCUUCCCCCACUGCACUCCCCCAAGGCUGCCAGCACCCGGCCUCGCUUUUCUCUGGGCCUAGUUUCCUAACUUCCUUCCCUGCCCUGUCCUGUUCCCUCUCCAUCACUACCCCACUCUCAAAAGUCCCAGAAAAAGGGGCCCCCAGUUUCUAGUUGGCCUCCCUGCCUUCCCUCGGGUACCAUCUUCCCUCUCCAUGGUAACCCAGGCACCAUGGUACCCUCCUCCCCCCACGCAUGAAGCGGGUGUGCUGGAGGAGGUAACAGUCUCCCUGAGGUGUAGGAGAAUGAGUGAUGCCCCUUCUCAGCUCCAGGCCUGAUUGGCCCCUAUCUCCAGCUGUCAGCAUUUGGGGCCGACUGUUCCUCAAAGCUGUAGCCCUCAGUAGUUUUCAGAGCCCCUGCCCACCCCCACCCCUGAGCAUAAGUCCUCUGGCAAGGAAUCGCAGGGGUGGGGGGUAGGGGGUGAAGCCCAGGGGAUAGCCAGCAACGGUAGCAGCCACCUCCCAUUGCCCAAGAGAAGCACAUCUUAUCCCCUUUCCCCGUUCCACCUCCCAGGCCCACAGCACCAGCCUCAGUGAGCCAAGCCUUGGGCCCACAAGGCCCUUAGCCACCCAGCCCCUUUCCCCUUGCCUGGCCUGUCUGGAGGGACACUGUGAGGCCCAUUGAAGCUUCCAGCCUGGGACCAUCAGGGCAAGGCCUGUAGCCGCUGGAGGAAGCGUGUGUGGCAGGGGGGUUGGCCUGGCCCACAAGAGAGCAGGACAAUCACUGUGUCAUCCUCAUGUCAGGAACAACAGCCCCUUUGUGGCAGCCCUUCCAGCUCCCCAAGCCUGAGCCUCAGGUAAAGGUGGAGGGUCAGGGAGCAGCGGCUGUGGGGAUGGGACCCACGGUGCCAGCCUCCCCCUUAGGCCUUGGGGACAGGGCGGCUUGGGAAGCAGACCUGAAGAGGUGUAGGAGUGGCUCUCAGGUAGAGGGGUCUUCAGGGGCCCCUGAGACAGGAGCCUAAGGUUUCCUGCUUGUGGUUGAUGCCAUUUCUGGGCCUGAGGUCCACAGGCACCUCUCCUUUUCUGCCUCGGGUACCCCAGCUCCCUCUGUCACCCUUGGACCUCUUCCACCCCCUGCUGCUGCUUCCCACGGCCCACUGUUAAGAGUGGUAGACCCUGCCCGCUCCGUGUGGGCGCAGGAGGGUCCUGGGAGACUCUGGCGGGAGCCUGAGUUAAGGGGGCUUUCUUCAUGGCUCCUCUUCUGCCUGUGCUCACACAGCCUCUCCCGUGCCCUGAGAUGGGCCCUGGGCCCUCAGAGCCGGAGUGAGACCCUCCCAACACUACAAGAGAAGCCACUUCCACCUCUCCUCGAGACGGGCAUGGGAAUGAAGGCUUCUCCUCACCACAACCCUUGAAAGGCGGAAGCUGGCACAGCCGCACCUCGGGGCCUGGGCUCCCCCCCAAUCUGUGCCACUGGCUGCCCAAGGCCUGGAGAGGGAUGGUGGCCCCGGACCCCAGGCCAGUCCCCCUAGCUGCCCUCUGGGCCAUGACUCGAAACCCCACCUCCUUUGAGCAGCAUCCUCCAUGGCCCUGUCUGGGUCCACCCCCUCUCGGUCCCCGGAGGGAGGGUCUCCCUGGAAGACCCCCUUGGCUCUGGGGGCCUGGCCCCACCUGUCCGUGCCGGUGUUGGGGCACUCAGCACCCAGCCUGGGGGAUGUACCCUCAGCCUGCCCGUAGCCCCCUGCCCGCCCCCUUGAUGCUGCACGGGCCUGCCCCGGCGGGGGUCAGCAAGUCAUGUGUUCUGCCCUCAGUUAGCCACCAUUCUGCAGCCUGGUUCUGUGAGGAGCCGGGGCCGCCCCGCCCCCGCUGCCUGCCCCCUAGGCUUCCUGACUCCAUUAGUCCUGACACCCGUGAGUCUCCGAGAAGUGCUGUGGUCUCAGCAGUGCACCUGUUUUGUACAUGAUUGUGUAAUUUAAAGGUAUAUAAAUAUAAAUAUAUAUAUAUAUAAGCUGUGAUCGUAUGACUGUGGAUAAAAUCCGGAACUGUGUCAACCUG